UCGACCCAUUGAGUGAGCAAACAGCGUCACAAUGAAGGUCGAGCUCAAGGCCAGCCAGGCCGAAAGGGCUGCCCAGCUCCAGAAGCCGUCCAAGGGAUACUUCUUCUUUGGCAACAAGGAGUACCCUCGAGUUAAGUGGUGGACGCGUCCGAACAUGCGCAAGCUAUACUUUUACUGCUUCGUGCUCAUCUUCGUCAAUAUCGCCAAUGGCUUCGAUGGCUCUAUGAUGAACUCUCUGCAAUCCCUACCCUACUGGCAGAGAUUCUUCGGCUACCCUGAGGGUGUUACCCUUGGCCUCCUGGGCUCUGCUAUGAGUCUGGGCUCCCUGAUAACCAUGGGAACGGUUCCUUGGAUUUGCGACACUCUUGGAAGGAAAAAGGGCGUCAUCAUUGGCAGUGUUAUGACCAUCAUCGGUGUUGUUCUGCAGUCCAGUGCUCCCAACUACAAUGCCUUCUUGGCCUCCCGCUUCAUCAUUGGUGCCGGCAUGACCCUCUCCACCAACGCAGGCCCGCUUCUCUGCGCCGAGAUCGCCUUUCCUCAGGACCGAGCUAUCAUCACCACCUUCAUGGGCUGCUCGUAUGCCGUCGGCUCCUUCGUCGCCGCCUGGACCACCUUUGGUACCCUAAAGAUCGAGAGUGACUGGGCCUGGCGCCUGCCGUCCCUGCUCCAGGCCUGGGCGACACUGAUCGUCUUUGCCGUCAUCUGGUGGAUCCCUGAGUCGCCGAGGUACUGGAUCGCUCGCGACCAGGACGAGAAGGCGAUCGAGGUCUUAGCCAAGUACCAUGCCGAGGGUGACAGGGAUGACCCCUUUGUCCAGCUCGAGUUCCGUGAGAUCAGGGCGGCCUUUGACCUCGAUCGCAUGAACCAGACCAACACACGAUGGAGCGAUUUGUAUAGCACAAAAGGCAACCGUCACCGAAUGUCUUUGGUCAUUGCUCUUGCAGUUUUUGCCCAGUGGUCAGGAAAUGGAAUUAUAGCCUACUACCUCAAGCUCGUGCUUGAUAGUGUCGACAUCAAGUCACCGUCUGACCAGCUUGGCAUCAACGGUGGCAGCAAGGCAAUGUCGCUGCUUGUGAACCUUGUGGUCGCCUUCUACAUCGACAAGCUAGGACGCCGCCCCAUUCUCAUGAUCUCUACGCUGGGAAUGACGAUUUGCUUCAUCAUCUGGACGAUUCUUAGCGCGCAGCACGACCUCGGAGGGCGAUCAAACCCAAGCAAAGUCCUGCUUCAGGGUGAUGAGCUUUUACUAACUUUCGAGCCAGGAAUGCCCAUGACAUACACCAUCGAGAUCAUGCCUUUUGGCCUGCGAGCAAAGGCGGCCAUGAUCGGUGGUUUUAUCACUAUGGCGGCAGUUUUCUUCAAUCAGUUCAUCAACCCGAUCGCACUUAAGGCGCUGGCAUGGCGCUAUUACAUUGUCUACUGCGUUUUCCUGGGUUUCGAAGUUUGGUUUAUCUAUUUCUUCGUCGUGGAGACGCGAUACGUGCCUAUCGAGGAAAUUGCAAAGUUCUUUGACGGAGAGCAGAAUGACGUCCUGGCUGCCACCAAUGCGGCCGACAAGCUCCACCGCGUUGAGAGUGGUGUUAUCGAAAACGAAAAUGUCGAAAACGCCAACAAUAAUACAACAAACACCAGGAGGGCGCCAGAGGUCAAGGAUGGUUGA